GCGACGGUAGCUGCCUGGUUGGGUUGAGGGGGUCGCGAUGGAGGACGACGCGCCGGUGAUUUACGGGCUGGAGUUCCAGGCACGAGCUUUAACUCCUCAGACAGCAGAAACAGAUGCAAUAAGAUUUUUGGUUGGAACACAAUCUCUUAGAUAUGAUAAUCAGAUUCACAUCAUAGAUUUUGAUGAUGAAAAUAACAUUAUAAACAAAAAUGUUCUUCUUCAUCAAGUGGGUGAAAUUUGGCACAUUAGUACAAGUCCUGCCGACAAAGGUGUACUUGCAACUUGCUACAAUAAAACUUCAGACACUAAAGUCAUGACAUGUGCUGCUGUUUGGAGGAUGCCGAAGGAAUUGGAAUCAGGCAGUCAUGAAUCCCCUGAUGAUUCAUCAAGCAACACUCAAACCCUGGAGCUACUCUGUCACCUUGACAACACAGCCCAUGGCAAUAUGGCCUGUGUUAUGUGGGAGCCAAUGGGAGAUGGUAAAAAGAUUAUUUCACUGGCUGAUAACAACAUAUUAUUGUGGGAUUUGCAGGAAAGUUCAGCCAAAGCUGUGCUCUCUAGUUCCACAGCCUUGGAAGGGAAAGGACAAUUAAAAUUUACUUCGGGCAGAUGGAGUCCACACCACAAUUGUACCCAGAUUGCCACGGCCAACGAUACCACUGUCCGAGGCUGGGACACACGGAGCAUGAGGCAGAUAUAUUGUAUAGAAAAUGCUCAUGGACAGCUGGUACGAGACUUGGACUUCAAUCCCAAUAAACAGUACUACCUGGCUAGCUGUGGAGAUGACUGCAAGGUGAAAUUCUGGGACACAAGAAAUGUCACUGAACCAGUGAAGACACUAGAGGAGCAUUCCCACUGGGUCUGGAAUGUCAGAUACAAUCAUUCUCAUGAUCAGCUGAUCCUUACAGGAAGCAGUGAUAGCAGAGUUAUCCUGUCUAAUAUGGUAUCAAUUUCUUCUGAACCAUUUGGCCAUAUGGUAGAUGAUGAUGAACUCAGUGACCAAGAGGACCAGCAUCAAGAAGAGAAGAUUAAAGAGCCCCUUCAGGACAGUGUAAUAGCUACCUAUGAAGAACACGAAGAUAGUGUAUAUGCAGUUGAAUGGUCCUCAGCAGACCCGUGGCUAUUCGCAUCUUUAAGUUAUGAUGGGAGACUGGUUAUUAACAGGGUUCCAAGAGCCCUUAAAUAUCAUAUACUGUUAUAAUUUGUGUGAGUUAUUCUGGAGCUGUUAAUUUGAUGUACACAACUGGUAGGUAUUGUUAAAGGGUUUUUUCAGGAUCUGUUUUUUUAAGUAUAAAAGUUACAAUUUUGUUAGGAAUAUCUCUACUGAUGCGGACUUCUAAUUUUGUCUUUUAUAUUUGCCUUGUGGAACUAUGAUGCAUUUUCUGAAGGCUAUGCUACCUAGAUGAUUGAGGGGUUAAUCACUUUAUGAACUCUAAAGUUUCUGGUGAUAAUGGGUACAUUCCAUACUAUUGCUUUAUUACAUCAGAUUUAUGCAAAUAUAAGGAAUUAUAGAAAUGUUAUUAUGCUGAUACAAAACUGGGACACUGUAGGUUUCAUGUAGCAGAAGUGAUCUAUUUGUUUUCAAGAAUAAUAUUCUACAUUUCUUGUACAUGCAGCCUUCUGCUUUUAGCUAGGGCCAUGUUCCACUAGUUGUUCUGGCUAUAAAUACAGUUGGAAGUGGUCUCAAAAGGCUUUCUUAAUACCAUCUAAUAUUUUAAACACUUUUUCUCCCACUUUUGCAUGUCUUCAGAAGGAAUGUUUUUUGUCAAAGUGAAAUUUUCAAAAUAUAAUUUUCAUUUGAGCCUUUUGGUAGUAGCAACAAAGUAAAAUCCUGCAAAUUGUGAACUAAUUCUCAGUUCUCAGAUAUGUAUUGUUCUGCAAUUCUCAGAUAUCUAUUGUUACUGGAAACAAUAUUAGUCUUUACCAAAAUCUCUGAUAUACUCACAUAAUGUGUUAUCCCAUAUUUAUAGGUUAAGUUGUGCUUGAGGGACUCUGGAGCUAUGCUACUGUUGACCUGAAAAAUCUCUUUUAAUAUUUGUCUACUUAGACUUUCUUACCCUACUGGAUCUGUGCCAAUCUCCAGUAUGCUGGAAUAAUGUAAAAGGCUUGCAGCUAAGCACAAAAUAUCCUUUGCUAUAUCCUACUUUUUGCAAUAGGUGACCUAGACAUUGGUUGCUAUGUUGUUACAAAUGCUGAGAACAGGCAGAUGCUGCGCUGUAGGAGAAUACGCAGGAAAUUUCAAGCGUAGGUGGAAGGCAUGGUGAAACAUUCCUGUACAUAUUGACAUCCUGUCUUCCCCUGGCAGAGCUUGCACUAAGAUGAAGAUUUGCUGCUUGCUCUUUGUGUACCCAGGCUAACUGUAAUAUUAAUUAUUCCCUGCUGCCUUUUCAACACUAUUAUUUUCCUUUAGCUUCAGAACUUGGGUACGUGUGACAGUGUUGGUUGUGGUAGCAUUGUGUAAGACUACUCUGAAGAAAUGGCAAUGAACAUGUGAUGGAAAGAUCAAUAUCAACCUCUUCCAGUGAUCCCUCCUGUCGCUAUGGCAACUGUUGGUGUUAGUGGUGAGGGACAGCGUGCUGCUCACCUCUGCUUGUCCUUACCCACUCUUGGAUCGAAAUGUCCAAAUGUGAUUUGUUGUGUCCACACAGCUGCUUCAGUGAGAUCACGUUUGGAGAGCAUGACUGACUACUGUAGGCCAAAACAUCCAGAAAAGAGGACAGUUGAAUUCCAUUUCUGGCUUUCUUAAGGAUCUUAUUUGGAAAAAAUUCAUAGGAGUGAAGUAAUCCAAUUAAAUCAUCUGUACUAUUGUUUGCAUUUGUGUUAAUGAUGUUACCUAUCUGCUCCAGAAUGAAUGCUUCAUUGGAAAUUCUGAUUAUCUGGUUUUCUGCAUUUAUAUUUUAAACUUGUGCUAUUUCAAAUCAUUUCAAUCUGUAAUUAGGCAUGAGCUAUUCACCUGUAUACUGUAAGAAGAACUACAUUUCCAAAUCAAUAGUACUUCAGUUGUCUGAAUGUCAAAAUCCUUGGCUGGACUGCUGCUUUUUAUGUGGAGCUUUUCAUCAGACACAAAAUCUUGUUGGGUAUUGUGUCUGUCCCGCCUGUGUGCCACCCUCCCCACCCACCCCUCUGGGAAAAAAAAGAAAAAACCUCUGCAGUAUAUCUUUGGUAUACAGCAGAACUCCUUAAAGCUUUCUUCACAUUAGCAAUAAAGGUCUAAUGAAACUUUGUCUGGCAGUGUAUAUGGGUAGCAGUGUGAAGGUGAUGGGGAAAUUGCCUGACAUUGUGUGGGAUUUGACUUGAUUUUUAAUAUGUAAUAAAUGCAGGAGAGAUUUCAGGCUAAUUUCUAUGUGGCUGUAUUUCCUUUAAUACUGUAAGCUUAUAUGAACUGGAAAGCUCUGUAAACAAAUAAUAUCAAGAAAUCUUUUGUUUUAGUCUUGUUAAAUGUGUGUAUCACUCAGUAGGGAAGAAGAGAGUGGACGAACACUGGAAGGAAGGGACUAGCGGGUCCAAUUUGAAUGAAAAUGCAUUACAGUAGAAUCAGGAGAGUGGGAAGGGUCAAGUUUUAAUCAUUUUCAGCUGUCUGUAAAGCAGGAUCUGGGCUGUGUGUACAGCACUGGCAGCAAUAUGGAAGUGACCUUCUGAAAAGGAAGGCUUCUGACAAGGUUUCCUCCCAGACUGUUGGAGCAAGCAAGCUGCUGUAGGAUGAAAGGAAGGGUUUUAGGAUGGUGAAAUAACCAAUUAAAAGGAAAUAGGAAGCAGGAAUAAAUCAUCACAUUUUGUGGCAAAAAAUUUAUUACUAGGGAAGUCCACAAGGAUCUGUGCCUAGGCAUGUGCUUCACAGUGUGCUCAUGACCUUUUGGAAAAAGGGCUGUAGAAAAAUAUGACAAAGUUUGACUGUUCAGAGAAGUAAGGAUGGCCAAAUAAUUAUGAAAGGGCCUUAUCUCAUGGAUGAUAAAAUGGUAGAUGAAAUUCAGUGCAGGAAAUGUUAAGUAACUAAUAUGGGAGAAAAUAGUUAUUUUAUGUACUGUGGACCACCAAUCUUGGGGGUUUUUUAGGUCUUUAAAACAUCAGCUUAAUAGAGGUCAAAAUUUUAAUUUAAUAAAAUGUUGGGAAUUACUAGCAAGCAAGUAAAGAAAAUAACGCAUUGUUAAUCCUCCCAAAUAAUUUAUAUUCAUAAAUCUUUGGUGUAUGUGCA